AUGGUUCACACUUGUCAAAAAUUUUUUGACUCGCUAUUUUUAAUUUCCAAUAUUUGGGCCAAAACAUUUUACCGCGAAAAUCGUAUUUUUCAAAUAUCAAGAGAUAAUAACUAUUUUUAUUGUAAAACAUGAUUUGGCUUCUUUUGUCCAAAUCUUAUGCUGAUUUUUAAAACAUUUUUCAAAUUAUUUAAAAAAACAAUAUAUAUAAAAACUAUAUGGAACUAG